CGCUUUAAGCUUCGCUAGGCGGAAGCAUCGAUCAGCGUCGCGCGACGCAGCCCGGUGAUAUUUUCAGGUUGCACAAAACCGUGGAGACUGUAACAUUUCACAGAAAAACAUCAGACUGGUAGCCGGAUAAAACAUGUCAACGAAACAAGUGACCUGCAGGUAUUUCCUGCACGGUGUGUGUCGCGAGGGCAGCAGGUGUAUGUUCUCUCAUGAUCUGGCCACAAGCAAACCUUCGACCAUCUGUAAAUACUACCAGAGAGGAGUGUGUGCGUAUGGAGACCGAUGCAGAUAUGAUCACGUCAGGCCCCCCGGGCGUGGUGGCGGCCCCCCAUCAUCAGAUCAACCCAGCAGAAGCAGCAGCAGCGCAGGAGCCUCGGCCCCGGGCCCCGGCCCCUCUUCUAACACAAGCAGACCUGCCAAGAGACCUGUGGUGCUGCGAGACAGAGCGCUGGGCUCCGACAGCAGAGAGGGGCCCGAGCUGAGGGACUGCUGGGACGACAAGCCUCACACUUACCUGGACGCCAUCCGCUCGGGGCUGGAGAGUUCGGCCGGCCCCGGCCCGUAUCCUGACGCCGCUCAGCAGCCGCAGCUCUGCCCUUACCUGGCAGCCGGACACUGUCACUACGGCGACCGCUGCCCGUAUCUCCACGGAGACAUGUGUGACAUCUGUCGGCUGCAGGUUCUGCAUCCACACGACGCUGAACAAAGAGCAGCGCACGAGAAGAUGUGCAUGACGGCGUUCGAGCUGGACAUGGAGCGAGCGUUUGCGGCGCAGCAGAGUCAGGACAAGCAGUGUAAGAUCUGUCUGGACGUGGUGUAUGAGAAGGUGUCUCCGUCCGAGCGGCGCUUCGGCAUCCUCUCCAGCUGCUGCCACACGUACUGCUUGAGCUGCAUCCGCCAGUGGCGCUGCGCAGAGCAGUUCCAGAACCAGAUCCGCAAGUCCUGUCCCGAGUGCCGUGUGGUGUCCGAGUUCGUCAUCCCCAGUGUGUACUGGGUGGAAGACCAGGAGGAGAAGAACCGGCUCAUCGAGGAGUUCAAGUCUGGAGUCAGUAAGAAGCCCUGUAAAUACUUCGAUCAGGGCAGAGGAACGUGUCCUUUCGGAGGAAAGUGUUUCUACAUGCAUGCGUACGCCGACGGGACACGAGCCGAACCAGACAAACCCCGCAAACAGCUGAGCGCAGAGGGGAGCGUGCGGUUUCUGAACUCGGUGCGUCUGUGGGACUUCAUCGAGGAGCGUGAGCAUCGUGGGACGCCACAGGACGAGGACGAGGUCAAUGAGCUGGGCGAGCUCUUCAUGCAGCUGUCAGGAGCCGGAGACGGAGACCAGAGCGACACGGCCGCCUCACACUGAUCACACGACUCUCCUCAAACAUCCGGCCCACGACCCUGCGUCCACAGCUCAGCCACAGGUGCUCCAGCAUUUACUGCAUCAUGUGAAUAUGGAGUUAAAGCACCUGGGUGGUGGCUGUAGGCUGCAAUAUUG